AUGGCCUCGUCCGGGCAACCAUUCGGGUCGCGCUCCUACACAGCCGGCAAACUCCCCGACCGAUCACUCAACAGCAACACGAUCCCAUACAGCGCCUCAACGUUCACCCGCCGCGGGCUAGGAGCCACUGGCGCAGGCGAGUUUGGAGCCGACGUCGCGAAAUCAACCCAGCAGGCGCCGCCGCCGCCGCCGCAGCAGGUUCAUGCGCAGACACAUGGGCAAGCGCAGGAGUCAAAUCCGCUUAGUCGGUUGACGGAGGAGCAGAGGGAGGAAGUCAAUGAAGCUUUCACUCUCUUCGAUCUCGACCGCGACCGCCACCUCGACUACCACGAACUCCGCGUCGCCUUUCGCGCCCUCGGCUUCACACUCCCAAAGCAAGAGCUCAUCUCCCUCCUAACAACCUACGGCGUCCCGCGCCCUCAAGUACAAGGACAAGCAGGCGCCGGCGCCGGCGGCCCACAAGCACAACAGUCGAAAGCCACCGCCCCCGCCGCGAACCCGCAACACCCCUCGAACCUUCUCAUGCCACUCUCUGCGUUCCAGGCCGUCACGGCGGUGAAGAUCCUCGAGCGGGACCCACGCGAUGAGAUCCUGCGCGCAUUUGAGCUGUUCGACGAGGGCGGGAAAGGGUACAUCGAUCUAGAGGAUUUGAGGCGCGUCGCGAGGGAGCUUGGUGAGACGGGGCUUGAGGAGGAGGAGCUGCGGGCUAUGAUUGAGGAGUUUGAUCUUGAGGGCGUUGGUGGUGUUACGAGGGAGGCGUUUGUGAGUAUUUGCUGGCAGUGA